AAGAGGAGGGAUCUGUGGUUGGUAUGUAAAGUAAAUAGAAAAUUUCUUAAUAAUUAAAAAAACCUGAUACUAGGGUCCCAUUGUCGAAGACAACUUCCAGUUAGCUCAUUGAAUGUAGAGAGGUAGAGCUGGUACCCACUUGGAACCUUCACCCCUGUAUUCUAAUCUCUCUGGCACAAGAAGGUACUCUACAGGCUACAGGAAAAGAAACCUGGACACCAUCCUAGUCACAAAACCCUUGAUAGACAAUCUGUCCUGCCUACAAGAUAUACUGGGGCAAUGGUGGCCCAGAACUUGUGGGAAUGGCCAACCAAUGUUUGGUUUCAUUUGAGGCCCACCCUACAAAAGGGAGUCCUUUCCCUACACUGCCUGGAUGAACCUGAGACUGGAUAUCUCAGAGUCCUAGGGUAGAACCAAACACUACUGGGGAAAAAAAAUCAAUGAAAUGAUUCCAACAAAUCUCUGCUGUACUCAAAGAUCGGUGCGUUUUCCAGUCAUCAUCAGAGAUGCAUCCUCCAGCAGCAGAUGGGAGCGGGUGCAAAGACCUACAGCCAGACGUUAUGUGGACAACGAGUCUAAAUUGGAGGUCUCCAACAGGUCUCUCACCUCGGAGAUUGGGAACUCCAUGGAAGAGGCAAAGACUUUAGGAGUCAGAGUGCAUUGAGGAUGCCAGAACAACAUGGCCAACUGCGUCAACUAAGCAGAGUUCGCACGGGGUCACAGAGACUGAAGAGGCCUGUAGGGGUCUGCACCAGGUCCUUUGCAUAUGUAUUUGCUGUUAGCUUGACGUUUUCGUGGGACUCCUGAAUGUGGGAGUGGGUGUGUCUCAGACUCUUUUGCCUGAUCUUGGGACUCAUUUCCUCUUAUUGGGUUGCCUUGUCCGGCCUCGAUAUGAGGGCUUUUGCCUGUCUUGUUGUAACUUGCUAUGCCGAGUUUGUUUGAUAUCCCUGGGAGGCCUCUUUUCUCAAGAGGAAUUGGAAGGGAAGUGGAUCUGGGGGAGAGGGGAGUUUUGGGGGAGCUGGGAGAAGAGGAAGAAAGGGAAAUUGUGUUUGGGAUGUACUGUAUGAGAGAAGAAUCUAUUUUCAAUAAAAAAAUUGUUUUUUAAUCAAUGUUAGGCAUGAUUUAAUUAAAAAAUAUAAGUAUAUAAAAAUACACUUUACACAUGUGCAUAGGAUGUAAGAGAAGCCAUGCUUUGGAGAUACAAAGAAAAAAGAUCCAAGAAACUUAAAACUUUCUGAGUGGGAUGAAAGAAAGGAAAAUGCAUGUAUUAUAAUCUUUUAAAAAAUUUUAUGUUUAGAUUUACUAAUUUAUGUGUAUAGUAUUUUGCAUACAUGAAUAUAUGUGUACCAUGUGCAUGCCUGGUGCCCAAGAAGGCCAAAAGAGAGGGCAUCAGAGGCCCUAGAACUGGAGUUAUAGACAAUUGUAAGCUGCCCUGUGAGUGCUGGGAUUGAUUCCCAGUCCUCCAAAAGAUCAACAAGUGCUUUUAACCACCGAGCCACCUCGACAGCCCUUUGUUUCAGGCAUUGUGGUCGGUGUUUUCACAUAUAUUAAAUUAAAAUAUGCAACUCUUUAUGUCUCUAGUCCUCAUACCAACCUUCCACAUGGGUGUUAAUAUCCUUCUAGAUAUUAUGUAAUUUCUGCAUUCUAAAUUCCAAACACAGAGACUGGAAUCCUCAGCCUUGCUAAGGAAAUGCCUCAUUUUAACUCUUCAUUGUGUUUCAUAGAACACAUCUUUUGUACUGGUUUAUUGGUAACACAAUUUGUAAAACAAUUAAUUUUUGUUUUUAUUUUCUAUCCCACACUCUGUGCCUCCAUGUUCCUUAAUUCAUUCUUUAAAAAAAAAAAGAAUUCUGCUGGAGAUGUGAGGUUAAAAAAUAUGAUGUAAUUUGUGUUAAGACAUCAUAGUGAAUAAAUAGAAGAAACAUAAUGUAUACAAGUCAUAUGAUGUUCUUGGAAUGUGGUGUGUGUGUGUGUGUGUGUGUGUGUGUGUGUGUGUGUGUGUGUUUCCAUAAUCAUCAGUGCUUGGCUUAUUAAUGCAGUGUAUCUUGUUAUCUAUCUUUUCCCAAUAAAAACUAACCAUUGUUUGAGGAUAAUUAUAGAUACAAUUGCUGAUCACUAUGCAUAAUCACUUCAGUUAACCAACCAGCUGAAUAGAGUAGUAUUAUUACCAUCUUUAUUCAACAAAGUUAGUAAUAGAGGUCUGAGUGGAUUUGGUUCACUGGGAGCAGAUAUUGAAAUGACCCGGAAUCUACAUCUGUGUAAAGACAGAGGUCAUGCAGGACAGGGGAGAAAUUAAACCACCUUGGCCAAUUCAACGAUGCAUUCUAUCACAAGAAUGCCCCAGCAGCAUUCCAUGUUGAGUGAAAAUAGCCGAUGCUUUGUACACUUCUCUUGGUCCAUUGUUGCGUGCAGGGUGUCAAGAAUAGAAUGACUGUGGGUAAAGCACUUCUCAAUGGAGAACACACUGAGGGAGUUAAUAACUGAGGCUUGUGUUAACUGCCGUCCCCAGAGCAGUAAACACAUCUAUAGAGGACAGUCUUGUAGGACAUCCCUGGGUCUACCUUGGGUCUUAAGAAUUUAAAAAACAUGACAUCUAGUGAGUAUCAAAUAUUUGGUACCACAUCUCAGAACUUCACCAGCUCCACCAACAAGUCAAUUUCUAACCAUCCUUUCAAUUGAAUGUGUCAGAACCAUGUUUAUAUCUUUUUCAAAAUUGCGCUCUGGCCACAGCUCUGUGGGAUCUGAAUUCACUAGGUGAAGUGCAGGACCUAGGAAUCAGUCAUUUUCUAACAAGUGCUCAGGCUGAUUGUAAAGAGCAGUCAUGUAUAGAUGCCACUGUUAGCAAUAACGUUAGCGCAGAAAGCAAUACACUAGAAUGAGAAUGGUUUUAGAUGUGGGGUGAUGCUGUGGAGUAUUAUCUGGGUUUGCAUUAAAAAAGUCAUGACUAAGAAGGGUCUGAUGUUGUCGAACAUUAUUGCAUCUAAGUUUGUGACUGCUGUUUUUCUGAACACCUGGAUGAAAUACUACAGAAAAUAAAGUUGCUUUAUGCUUCACAGUAGUAACUGAGUCAGCAAGUAAGUGGAAUAAUUACUGUGCAAGUAGCUCCUGGGUGUUUGUAAAGAUAAUUUGCAUUUUGCCAAAUUCUAUUUUACUUUUUGUCAUUCAACAUACAACUAGCAGUUUGUGUUCUAAAGUUUGUGUUUUAAAACUGUUCCCAGUAUGCAACAAAUCACUUCUAAGAAUGCAGUAAACUCUUUAAAUAUGUGCAUUGACAUGGAAAUUACAAUGUUCAGAUCAAAUGAUACAUGAUUACGGUGGGAUCAAGUGAUACAUGAUUACUUUUUAUUUGAGACAAAAAACCUAGCUACUGGAUAAGUUAUAAACACAAAGCAAUACUGACUUGUCAUUGAGCAAUGCGUUUCUGAAUCUGGCUUCUUUGAGUUCUUUCCUAGAAUAAAAAGGAGAGUGAGAUUCUGAGGCAAAGUCUUGGCUAGUAGUGCUCUUAGUACUGCCAGCCAGAAAGUGAUAAAUAGCCAGACACACUGAGAAAACCAUUAGAAUGGACAUUACUUAAAAUCCAUUAGAUGAUUGUAAGGCUUUUUCAAAUUUUAUCUAUUAACUGUAGAGUCUUUUUUUCUUUUUUCUUUUUCAAGACAGGGUUUCUCUGUGUAGCUUUGAGCCUUUCCUGGAACUCACUCUGUAGCCUAGGCUGGCCUCGAACUCAUAGAGAUCUGCCUGGCUCUGCCUCCCGUGUGCUGGGAUUAAAGACUUGCGCCACCAUAGCCUGGCCAGUAUGGACUCUUUUAUAUGACAAAAGAAAUCAUGAGGCUGAUGGUUCAGCCAGUAAAAUACCUGCUGUGCAAAAAUGAGGACUUUAAUUCAGAUCCCCAGAAACUACAAACAAGGCUAGAUACAGUGAUAUGUAUUUGUAAUCCCAGUGCUGGGGAGUGAGUGAGAGAGACAGAUGGAUUCCUGGAGUUCAUUUCCACUUCACUCUAGUCAAAUCGAUGAGCUUCUGGUUCAGUGAGAAGCCCUGUCUACAAAUAUAAGGUGGAAAAUGACUGAGAAAGAAACCUGAUCCAUGAACACGCUCGGGAGAGUGCACACAGCAUGUCCACACAUCUACACAAACACUUACAUACAUGACACACACCAAAAGCAGAAGCAGGAGCAGGAGGUGAGAGAGAACAAUCCCCAGAGUAGAGAAUGAUGAAAGUCUAUACUUGACAGGCUUUACUUCUGGUUGGACGAUAUCUUGAACUUUAGAUGAUUCAAGACUUUUCUUUUAAACUUCUCAGGCCAUUUUGGAGGGACAAUGAACAUUGCUUUAACUGCCACAGGAAUUGUGCACCCCAUUCUGACCAGGAAAAAGGAAUGAGUGGUAACGUACUAUAAACAGGGUGCCUCCUUGGCCAGCAGUGCAGCUUCUAAGAGCUCUGCAGACUGUAUUACCUGGUGUGUCUGGGGUACAUGGAUAUCAAUACUGGUUGGCCAAGUUUCUUAAAUUCAGAAGCAGUGUGUUCAUUCAUGUUUGUAUCUCCAGUCACUGUGGUUUAUCUGUUUGAAUAAAUAAAUACACAAUACACUGGAGUUUGACCUUGGGUGGAUAUUACCAACCUUUGAGGAAAAAAUUUCUCAAUUUCUCCCAAUGACUACAAAUGCACAAGCAAUAAACAUCAAGCUUUUUCAUUUGGAAAAUGCAUAAGUUCCUGUUGUUUUAAGCUAGUGAUUAAAUGUGUGCUGGGAACCCAGAACCCUCCCCCCUCCCCCCACCCCCAGCUAUCUAAUUUAGAACUUUCCCAUUUCUUACUUUACUGCUUAAUCUAGACAACAACCACAUAAAGCAUACCAAAAAUGGAAGUUUCCUUUAAUUGGUAUUCAAGAUCUCGUUUUGCUUAGAACUUUAAUAUUUAGAAAGAACAUGGAGACAGCACUAAUGGUGAUUGUGUUCCAUUGAUAGACAUCUACAGAUCAAAGAAGAAGGCCCUGUCUUCUUCUGUUGGUAAAGUGCAUCCUGUCACUCAUUUUCUCCAUAAGCUCGGAUAAGUCUUCAUUGUUUUCAGGUCAAUAAGCAUUCUCAUCUUACCAUGACAUGAUGGGUGGGGGUGGGGGCGGUUCUAAGAUACACUACACAGAAGAAGUUUCAUAAUCACAAGCUAUGGAAAGGGAACAUGUAUGCUUACCCUAGGUACUUUUACCAUGAAUUUCCCAACCUUGAUUUGAUUAAAAUCAGCUAAAGACUGGACCAAUUUAGAUUUUUCAAGUUUAAUUGUUCACUUUGAGAAAAACCUCAAGGCGACGGAAGAAGAUUGAGUGGCAGGGCGGAAGGAGAAGCAGGGACCCAGGUGCUUUGUACAUCAGAAGACCUGAGAAGUGAAGGGUAGAUUGGAUCAGAAGCAAAACCACAGCACAGUUUCUGUUCACUUGCUUUCAGAAAAUCACUCAGGCUCUUCAUACUGUCCUCUCCCACCAGCUCUCCUGACUUUUUCCCUCUAAGAUGCUGCUAGGAUAGAUAAUACCAUCCAGCUCGGAAGAUCCCUAGGGAGGAAGAGAAGCCUUCUGCUUGAGGAGUUUACCCCUGCCUGAUAUGUGCUGGGAAUGAAGACACUGCCUGCCAUGCUUGGGACUCCAGAGUUAUUUAGGGAACUCUUAAUCCUCCAUCUGGGCCUCUGGAGCAUCCUUGGUGAAGAAUCAUGUGAAGUACAAAUUAAGGUUAACAGGCAUUCGGAAUAUGUCACAACAGGAGAGCACGUUAAAAUUAAAUGUCCUGUGACACACUGUGGUCACAGACCUAAUGUGACUUGGUGCAAGUACAGGGAAAAACAAUGUUUACCUCUUGAGACUGGACCUCAGCAACACACUAGUUGGGAAGAAAACCCCAAGUCUUCAGUUUUUUUUCUCCAUUUUGAACCAAUAAAUGCCAGGGAUGAUGGAUUGUAUAGCUGUUCUACAAACUUUAAUUCUAAUGUUAUUAACAGCCGCAUAAUAACCAUCAAGGUGGCAGAAAGGACUCAAAAUGAUUCAGAACACCAUCUAAUAACACCGUCUGACAUCCCAGAUGCCACCAACGCCUCAGGACCACCCACCGUGGAAGAGAGAGUGGACAGGACCUGGCUGCUUUACAGCUUGCUUCCUUUGGGGGCAUUGCCUCUGCUGCUUGCCUGUUCCUGCCUGGUCUGUUUCCUGAAAAGGCGCCAAGGGAAAGGAAAGAUGCCUUCUGACUUAGCAGAAAGGGAAGUUAACCUGGUUGAUAUCCCAGUGAGUCCCAGGACAAAUUCCCAAACACUGCCAUCAGAAACUGGCAUUUAUGAUAAUGAUCUCUGGUCAAGUGUCCAGGAAAGUUCUGAAUCUACAACUAACUCCCAAUUGGAGGGAAACAAACAGGGCGUUAUUUAUGCUUCUCUGAACCAUUCUGUUAUUGGAAGGAACCCAAGACAGGCAAAGAACAUACAAGAGGCACCCACAGAGUAUGCAUCCAUUUGUAGGAGAAGUUAAAUCUAGUACUGACAUAGACUGUGAGCACUGCAUGAUGAACUUGUCAAUACCACUGUCUGGACCUCUGGUGUCGAAUAACUUUCUUCAACCCGGGAAUUUUCACAAUAAGAUGGUUCCUACUGGGCUGUGUCGUAAAGGUCAUGGAAUAUUUAGUUAAUUUCUCCUGAAAACUUUGGAAGAGUUUUGUGCAAGAGGCCUGAACAAUAGACUUUUCUUUGGGAAAAUUCAUAUCACAAAUAGCAGAAUAAUAGAAUGUUUAAAUUUGA